CCGGGUCACAAGUUCUCACAACACCAAAUGAUAGCCGUUUGUUUACGUUCUAUAAAACAAUACAAUCAUGUAAAUAUAUAUAAGUUAAUCAAGGCUUUAACCAUGUGAGCGAGAAGUGAAUAUAUUCAGUUCUACAGGUCUUAAGAUGGACGAAACAGCUAAUGGCAAAAUGACUGCUAAUGUCAAUGAAAAUGCAGACCUGGACCAAUCGUAUUAUAAGAAUUCAUUCAACGAAAAAGACAGUAGCUCUCUAAGUGUUGGAGAUACUCCAGUUGACAGGAAAAGUGACGAUUCGCUCAAUCUUGGACAAAUCAUUAAAGAGACCGGGGAUUUUGGACGUUUCCAAGUUUUAUCGUUUGCAUACACGUCUAUUGUAUUAGUGACUUUGACAUGGAGCAUGCUUACAAUGGCGUUUACAGCUACUAUCCCAGACUGGAGUUGUGUUAUCGGUGGAAAUACGUCAGAACCAAAAGUUUGUGAUGUCAACGGAAGCACGUGUGACGCCAUUUCGUUUAGUGAUGGCAUGAGUACAGCAGUGAGUCAGUGGACGCUUGUUUGUGAUAACAAGUGGAUAUCUCAGUCAAUAACAACUAUCCAGAUGACAGGACUGCUAGUUGGUGGUCUAGUGUGGGGUCAUAUCUCCGACGGCAUCGGCAGAAAACCAACAUUUUUCUUUAAUUUGGCACUUCUUGGCGUUUUCAACCUCAUUUCGGUAUUUUCUGUUAACUGGGAAAUGUUUGCAGCAAUGAGAUUCGUAAUUGGAUUUGGAUGCACCGGGUUCAUGGCAUCAUCAUUAACAUUUGAAUUCAUCCGAAAUAAAUGGCGUGUAUAUUUGUUCCUGGUACCUAGCUGGGCAUUUUGGGCAUCGAUGAUGGCUGUGUUUUGUUGGAGAGUACCAGACUGGAGAUAUAUACAUGUCGUCGUAGCUGCAGUGACUCUGCCCGGUCUUCUUGGCUGGUUCUUCCUUCCAGAAAGUUUCAGAUGGCUCGUGUCACAUGGUCGUGUAGAGGAAGCCGAAAAUUCUAUUAAAUAUGUCGCCAAAAUAAACGGCAAACCACCACCAGACCUUGAUAAAUUGAAGGCGGUGAUAGAGAAAGAACAACUAGCUGCAAAAGAAACAAAGGCAUUGCAAGUGUACACUGUGCUGGAUUUGUUCAGAACGAGCAAAAUUAGGAAAACUACAAUAUUGUUUUCUUUGAUUUGGUUGUUUUCCGCGUACAGUUAUUACGGCAUAGCGUUUGGAGUGCAAGAGCUCUCUGGUAGUCUGUACCUAAACAUGUUCCUUGUUAGCAUCGUCGACGUUCCAGGAAACAUUUUGGUCGUCAUCUUCAACACGUGUGGAGGUAGAAAGUGGACUUGUGUGGGGUUUUACCUUCUUGGAGGAAUAUUUGCGGUAGUUGUAGGAGUAUUUCAGUACAUAAACUUUUCAAUCUCUGGUAGUAUGUUGAAUAGUUUAGCGCUUGCGGCUAAGUUAUGUGUAAGUGCAGCUUGGGAAAUAAACACUCUUUGGUCCAAUGAAUCAUUCCCGACAGUUGUAAGAAUGAUUGGAGGAGGAUUUGUCAGUUCUAUUUCAAGGGUCGGAUCGAUGGUUGCUCCACAAAUUAUUACUCUGAGUGUCGAUAGACCAGGUCUUCUAUACUUGAUAUCCGGCAUUGUAUGUGUGUUAUCGUCGGCCAUGUGUGCAUUUCUUGAAGAGACAAAGAACAAAGAUCUUAGCGAUAUGCUGCCACAGAAAACAAAACGCCUCCCUAACGAUGGUUUUUAUGGCGAAAAAACUAUUCAAGUUGAGACUGUUAAGCAUUGAAAUAGAAAAAGGAAAUUGAAAUGUUCUAUUUUCUAUCUGUCACCAAUGAUUAACCAGAAACGCAUAGAGAACUAGAAUAAGAAAUAGUUGACACAAGAAAUAUCAUAACUCCAAGUUGUUGAACGAUGCAGCAUUUUGUCUGUUAAUACGUUCACGUAGUUCAUGCUUGUAUUAGUUAAGAAAAUUUCAUAAAGCUGUUUGGACGCAGAAAUGGUUCUAUUGUGAGAUGCGUGCAUGUUUAGCCCCUGGAGGAAGAAUACAUGUAGAAAUGGGGAAAUAUAGACACAAUUAGUUGAACAAUGUAAAUUGAGAAGGGUUCCAAUAUCUUAUAUUUUAUCAUUGUGAUAGCAAAAUUAAAGAAAACCAGACAAGUAAUUAUAGGUUAUUAGCUUUGUAUCGGGAAAUAUGCACGAGUUCUUCAGUGGAAAUAUUGCGCGACUUUAUGAGCGCAAUAUUCUUCCGCUGAAGAACGAGUGCUAAAAUAAUAACCUUUUUAUUACAUACGCAUCUGCACGUAUAAAUAUUAUGUUAAUAUCAUAAAUAUGUUAAAUAGCCUGAAUAGGAUUGACAAUACGGAACUAAAUAGAAAAAAAGUGCAACAACACACACUGAAUUACGUCACGCACCCGAUAUGAAAUUCAGGCGUCAGUGUAUAGGAAAAUAUUGACGUUUCCGGUACCAGUGUAACUUAACGGGGAAUAGAAACGAGUAUGUAAUAAUAAGCUGAGUGACAUUGACCUUGAAGAUAUGACCUGAACAAAUGUGUCAAAUUAAAAAACAAACAACAGAAUACCUGAAUGUAUUGAGUAUAGCAAACACAAUCAGAGCGACCCACACACCAAAAAGCAACCAUCCGAACGUUGACACACUUAGCAGGCGGCGCGCCUUAACGUAUUGUACCCGUAAGGACAAUCGGCAUUUUCAUGCGAUUAAAUAUUCUUCAUAAGCAAUUUCGACAUUCUCCGGUUGUUAUGAAAACACUUCUAUGUUACAGCAGAAGGAUGACGAAAUAGCAUACGAGAAUACGUUAUUGUACUGAUAUUGCCGAUUCUCAUUACGGGCCAACCACUGUAAAUAUACCAAACAACAAGAUACAUUUCAUACAAGGCAAACCGUCACAACAUGGGUUUCAAUAACACAAUGAAUAAUACAUGCAAAAGCCAUUAACAAAUAGCUUUUAAAGUAACAUUAUGGAUAAUUAUUACAUCUCAUUAACGAACAUCAAAAUAAUAUUACAGGUGAUGACUACCUCUCAAGAACGGCCACAUUCAAACCGAGUUUAUUGUUAGUGUGCUUCGGUGCGUGACAUACUUGCAAAGGAACUUCUUAAUCAAAGCUUUUAUUAACGACAGACGAAUCAUGAAAUAUCGCUUAUUUGGGUACUGGUAUAACGCAAGAGAUUUUUCUUUAAAAAUAUUGUAUUUUUCAAAUAAUGCUUAUGCCGCCAUAUAUAUUUUUCUAUGUAAUUGAAUGAUAUAGGUCAAAUGCAGGCCAAGGAAAUAUCAAAUGAUAUCCGAAAAAAAACCUGAAAAAUUUCCUUGCAAAGAUGACUGAGAUAAACCUACGUGAAUAUGAAUAAAGCAGUUCGUAAGAAGUUCAAAAGAGUUAUACUGCUAGCUCUAACUCAAUGCAUUUUUCAUUAAAAAUAUUGUAUUUUUCAAAUAAUGUUCAUGCCGCCAUAUACACGUAUAUUUUUUCUAUGUAAAGAAUUAUUUAGGUCAAAUGCAUGUCAAAAAAUUAUCAAAUGAUAUCCAAAAAUGUUAGAAAUCGUCGGCGUUUUAUAUAUACAUUUUUUUUUAAAAUCACGCUGAAAUGUUACAAAAUGCGUUUUAUGAUCGUCGCCUAUGCUCAAUACAUGGUAAAAUACUAAAAAAUAUUGGCAAAACUUAACCAGGGGCGGCGGAGAGCGGGGUGGAUGGGGGUCCGAACCCCAAGUGUCUGUGGUGUAAACUUUAGAAAUGUUGAUAAAAGAAGGCUUCUGAUCAAACUUGUAAGCUUUUUAACUUGUUCAUCAGAAGUUCAAUCUGAUCUUUUAGCACAAGUUGAUUACCUGGCGUCCGUCGUUCAUCUUCUGUUAACUAACUUGUCAUUUAUUUUCUUUUAAUGACUUACUAACUACAUGUACUUUAUAGAUCUAUCAAACUGAAUAAGAAAUGGAUUGGAAGAUCUAAACGUUGAAAAGAACAUUUAAACUUCUUCUAAUGAGCCUCUUCUUGUAUUUUAUAUUUUUUUUACUAAACUUGGUACAAUGCAUUCAUCUCUCUCUCUCUCUCUCUCUCUCUCUCUCUCUCUCUCUCUCUCAAUUAAGGAUCAACA